UUCCGGCUAUGGAGGCCGCCUUGGUGAAGCCGAUGGUGGCGGAGGUGAAGCCAGGUGCCGUGAGCGCCGUGAGCGCCGAGCUGGAGGUGAAGAAGCUGCAGGAGCUGGUGCGCAAGCUGGAGAAGCAGAACGAGCAGCUGCGCAAUAGAGCCGCUGCCACCUCGCCGGCUUCGGCUCCCGGCCCGAGCCCGGGCAGCCCUCUGCAGCCGCGGCUGCUAGCCCCGGCCGCCACUGCCGCACCGCUAGCCCCCCGCAGCAGCUCCCCUCCAGCCGGUCGGUCGAGCCCAGCGCCGGCUCUCGUGUGCCAAGCCGAGCCCUUCGUCUACUUCAAGCCGUCCCCCACCGGGGGAGCCCACGAAACCCUCGCCGCCCCUUCCAUCCUUCUGCCCCCGGCCAGCCUUUUGGAUGAGGUGGAGAUACUGGACCUUCGCAGGCUGGGUGGCUACGGCCGGGAUGGAAAGGAAGAAGAGCAGCAGCGGUUCGAGGAGGAGGAGGAGGAAACCUGGCUAUAUGCUGCACCGGUUAAGGGCAUCAUGCAGCAAAAAAAGUUAUUGACUCCCCUGCAGUGGUGUCGACAUGUUCUUGAUAAUCCAAGCCCUGAGAUGGAAGCUGCUAAGCGUUCUUUGUGCUUCAGGCUGGAACAAGCUAGUAGAUGGCGGAGUCUCUUCUCUUCAUCUGUAUCCUUGGCUUUUCCUUAUAGUCCUGUUGCAAGGUUUACUCCAUAUAGCAAUAGCUUUAACAGCCCUGCGUUCCCUAAAACCUUCAGCAAAGCAAUAUUAACACCUGAACAAACAGACUGCAUUUCUAGAAGCUCCCCUCUUAGUCCCCAGUCAUCUCUGGACAGUGAAUUGAGCACCUCAGAAGUAGAAGAUGAUUCCAUUUCCAUGGGGUAUAAACUACAAGACCUCACCGAUGUCCAGAUCAUGGCUCGGCUACAAGAAGAAAGCCUGAGGCAAGACUAUGCUUCAACUUCAACCUCGGUGUCAAGAAACCUUUCCAAUGUUUCCCUUCCUUUGAUCAAAAAAGGGAUCGGUGGUGAUCAGGAAUUUGAUCGUUAUAGCCUUGAAGAUGAGGAAGAAGAAUUUGACCACUUGCCCCCACCACAGCCUCGACUCACCCGUUGCUCUCCUUUCCAAAAAGGAAUUCCCCAUUCCCAAACUUUCUCCAACAUACGGGACUGUAGGAGGAGCCCAAUUUCCCCAUAUUUUCCCUACAGUAAUAAUCAACAGCAGCCAUUUUGUUCUCCUCAACCGCCAAAUCUUCUGGAGUCUCAAUCAAACAGAAUUAAUGGAGACAAACUACGAAGAAGCAUGCCUAAUUUAGCUCGAAUGCCGAGUACCCUUACUGUUAAUACAAGCAGCAGCCAAGCAGGAUCUGUGAGGAACAGCCUAAGUUUUGAUUCUAACUUACAUGGAGCCAGUAAUGGGGUAUCCAGAAUGCAGUCUUGCAUUCCUUCACCAGGGCAACUUCAACACAGAGUCCACAGCGUGGGACACUUUCCAAUAUCUGCCAGGCAGCCCCUCAAAGCUAUGGCCUAUGUGAGCCCAACAGUUCAAGGAAGUAGUAGUGGCAGUGGCCUUGCGUUGUCCAAUAAUAGCUUGCAAAUGCACUCCAGUACAAGCAUUCCAGUGCCAAACAAGACUGCAAACACAAAUAUUGUAACUCGUAGUAGUCUUCCUAGGCCUUCCCUGGCCAUAGGUGGAAGCAGUAUACCUAGGAGCAAAAUUGCACAGCCAAUUCGGAGUUUUCUCCAGCCACCGAAACCUCUGUCUUCAUUUACUACUCUACGGGAUGGUAACUGGAGAGAUGGCUGUUAUUGAUGUCAGCUCAAUCUGAAUCCCAUUCAAGAAAUAGCUCUCCUACCCAGCUGGCUGGGUAAAUAUAACUUUAGCAGUGCUAUAACAUAGUGCUCUUUGUUAUUCUUAUUCUUCUGUACUUAUCAUUGUCACUAAAUAUGUUGCACUUAAUUGUUUGCUUCAGCAAAAAGCAGUACAGAUAGUUCUAGACUUACGACCACAGUUGGGGCUGAAAUUUUGGUUGCUAAGCAAUAUAGUCAUUAAACAAGUCAUCAUGUAACCGGAUUUCAUUUUACCCAUCCUUACCAUGGUUAUUAAGUGAAUCACAUAGUCAUUAAGGGAAUCAUGUUUGUUAAGCAAAUCUGGCUUCCCCAGUCGACUUUAGCUUGUUGGGAGCCAACUGGGAAGAUCAUAAAUUGCAAUCAUGUGACCACAAAAUGCUACAAUGAUUGCAUAUGCAAUGCCCCUGAAUUGCAAUCAGUACCGGUUGCCAUGUACUGUAUUUUUCAGAGUAUAAAUGCAUCUUCCCCCCCCCCUAAAAGUGUAGAAAUGUUGGUGCGUCUUACACACCGAAUGCAGCCAUUUUUGGCCUACCGAAGCCCUGCCCCCACAUCCCAUCUUUGUGAAAAAAGGAGGCAUGUUUCCU